GUAUUAAUUGAAGGGUGCGCCGAUUACAUUCGUCCUAAAUUCAAUGAUUUAUUAUUAAUAGUAAGUGCCGGACUCCAAGAUCCAGAGACUAUUGUACGAAGAUCUGCAUGUCUUGCACUAGGAUCUUUUGCAGAGCAACUCGACGAAGAAGUCGCGGCAAACCACGCCACACUUCUUCCCCUCGUCUUCAACUUAAUAAACGAUCCAAGUCCUGAUAUUCCAAAACAUGCGUGUAAUGCUCUAGACGCGAUUCUUGAGGGACUUGGCGACGAGAUCGUGCAGUAUUUGCCGUUAUUGAUGGAGAAACUUUUGAUAAUUUUGGAUCAGGGUGCAGAUGAAGUGAAGGCGACUGUGACUGCUGCUAUUGGGAGUGCGGCACAUGCUGCCGGCGAGGAAUUUAAACCGUAUUUUGACGAAGUGAUAAAAAGAUUGUAUGUUUUGAUGACGAUAGAUCGAGGCACUGAAGGUUUAUUAUUACGAGGCGUUGCUACUGAUACUGUUGGUGCUGUGGCAGAAGCAGUUGGAAAAGAAGUAUUUAAAACGCAUGUUCAUGAAAUUAUGAGAAUGGCAAUUGACGGAAUGCAAUUAGAUUCUGCGCAAAUUCGCGAAUGUAGUUACUGCCUAUUUGCAGUAAUUGCUCGUGUAUUUAAGGAUGAAUUUGCGCCUUAUCUUGAAGUUGUAAUGCCACAAUUAAUAAAAAGUUGCCAAAUUGAAGAAAAAGAUCUAUUCAGUAUCAAUGAAAACCAACUUGAAGAAGAGGCAGAGGAUGGCGAAGACGUCGACGAAGACGAUUUUGCCGUUAACUCUGCUGUAGUUGACGAAAAAGAAAUUGCUGCCGAUGCAAUUGGUGAAAUCUUUCAACAUACCCGAGCACAUUUUCUGCCAUACGUAGAGCAAUGUGUUGUGGAGCUCAAAAAAUUGUCGAAUCAUUAUUCGGAGGGCGUUAGAAAGGCAGUCACGUGUUCGUUAUUUAACUUUAUAUCAACGUUUUAUUCGAUGUCAGAUCCGGCAGAAUGGCAGGCCGGAUUACCUCUAAAAGUGCCGAUACAUGACAAUGUCACUCAUAUGAUUAAAGCCGUCAUGCCAGACAUUUUGACUAUGUGGGAGGACGAGGAAAGCAGAAUGGUGGUAGUGCAAAUAUGUCAGGAAUUGACUGAAUCACUAAAAAUUUGCGGACCUGCUAUCAUUGCCGAAUACGUUGAUCAAAUCGCAAACCAAUGUCUUCUCAUACUGCAGAAAAAAGCAUUAUGUCAACAAGAUCAAGAAGACGAAGAAGGCAUACUUGACGAAGACGAAGCAGCAGAACACGACGCAUUACUUAUAAGCGCGUGUUCUGAUUUGGUUGCGGCGAUGGCGUUGGCGCUUGGUCCUGAUUUCGUGCAAUACUUCAAGAAAAGAUCAAAACCCGUGUCUGAUAGGUCGAUGGCUAUAGGAUGUUUGGGGGAAUGUGUUCUUGGAUUGAAAUCUGCGGUUACAGAGUUCACGGAGCAACUUUUAACAUUAUUCAUGAAAGCUUUAGCUGAUGAAGAUGACGAAGUUCGUAGCAAUGCUGCGUACUCGAUCGGGCUUUUAUGUCAGCACACGACUGUUAAUAUAACACCACAAUAUAACAAUAUUUUAGCAGCACUACAUCCAUUAUUCGUCAAAAAAUCGACGACGAAUGUUACUGAUAAUGCGUGUGGUGCCGUGUGUCGAAUGAUGUUGGUGCACCCGGAAGCGAUUCCAAUUGAUCAGGUACUGCCAGUCCUAAUACAAACAUUACCACUCAAAAAGGAUUAUCAGGAGAAUGAACCAGUAUAUCAAUGCAUAUUUCAACUGUUUCGUGCAAACAAUAAUAUAGUGCUUAAUCACAUUACCGACCUCCUAAAUGUCUUUGCGCAAGUUCUCUCCCCUCCCGAAGACCAAUUAUUAGAAUCGACACGCAACGAAUUGAUUGAACUUAUUCGUGCGUUGCAUCAUCAGUUUCCUGAUAUUGUUAAUAGGUCGCCGUUGGCGCCGUUAAUACAAGCACAGGCGUGA